AUGACACCAUAUACUGAGACCAAACAUCAGCACAUCCCAAAAGAAUGCCUCCUCUUCCACGACCACGCCACCGCAUCCGAAGCCUCCCACGAUGAAACCCCCUUCUUCGCCGUCCACGAUCCAUCAUUCCUCUCCAUCCUCGGUCCAUCACCCUCCAUCACCCUCGGCCUGGAAAAAGACUGGCCUUUCGCCCACGAAGCCGCCGUCUACGUCCCCUCCCAAGACGCCUGCUAUAUAACCUCCAACCUCUGUCCAGCCUCUCCUCCAUCCGACCAACCAAAAAUCUACCUCGGGAAACUCACCCGCGAUGCUUCCUCUCAAACAUGGACCUACGAGACCCUCUCCACGGACAUAGCCAUGGGUAACGGCGGCAUCAACUAUCCCACCCCAUCAAAUCCCAACACCCUCCUAUUCUGCGACCAAGGCUCUCAUGACUCUCCUCCCUCCCUCGCUAUUCUCGAUCCGACGCCACCGUAUAAGACGACCCGUCUGCUGACCGCCUACCACACCCGUCCAUUCACUUCUCCCAACGAUGUGGUCAUCCACUCCAACGGCAGUAUCUGGUUCACCGAUCCAAUCUACGGCCACGAGCAAGGGUUUCGACCGACUCCCUCUCUACCCUCUCACGUCUGGAGACUGGAUCCCGAGAGCGGAGAGCUGAGACCGGUCGCGGACGGCUUCGGGAGGUGCAAUGGCGUGUGUUUCAGUCCGGACGAGGAGACGUUGUAUGUGACGGACACGGACUGGAUUCAUGGGGAUGGGACGACGGAUCAUCGUCGGUCAUCAAACAUAUACGCCUUUGACGUGAUUGAGCGACACGGAGGCCAAUUCCUCACCAACCGCCGCCUCUUCGCCAUGGCAGACUGCGGCAUCCCCGACGGCAUCAAAACCGACCUCCACGGUAACGUCUACAGCGGCACCUGGGACGGCAUCAGCGUCUGGUCACCCGCGGGCCGCCUCCUCGGCAAAAUCCGCAUCCCGGGGGGCGUGGCGAAUUUCUGUUUCGCGAAAAAGGGGGAGUUGUUGGCGUGUAAUGAGAAGAGGUUUUGGGUGGUGAAGAUUGAUGGGGCGGUGGAGGGGGCGUUGUUGAGGGGGUUGGGGAUUGAGGUUUGA